AUGGAAUUAAAGCAGGUGAUAAGGAAAGUCACCCGUCUUAGUGGGUUAAACUACGCGCUAGCCGGUCUAAGACCUUGGUGGUGGCAUGCAAGUAAUGUGGUCCUACAUGCGGCUUGCAGCGCGCUCGUCGCUCGUACGUGCGUUACCAUAGCGCGAUUGCAGCGGCCGUUUGCCGCACUAGCUGCUUUACUAUUCGCUGUACAUCCUAUACAUACAGAAGCGGUAGCAGGUGUGGUUGGCAGAGCAGAUGUACUUGCCUGUAUCUUCUUUCUAUCAUCUUUAUUAGUAUAUCAUAGACCGACUAGUAGCAAGAAAAGUGUGUGCUUAAGUGUGGUUCUGGGAGCUCUAAGUAUGCUGGCUAAGGAGACAGGUGUAACAAUAUUACUUCUCAACCUGGCUAUUGACUUCUACAGGUGCUGGCCUUUCGUAAAGAGGUCAAUAUUCUCGAUGAAAAUAGAAAAGAAGUGUGCAGGACUUUCAAUAAGAACAAUUAAAGUCGUCGUGUCCCUCGCAUUGCUGAUCAGCGUUCGUCUCGCUCUGUUGCACGGGACAUGGCCUGUUUUCUCGCCCCAAGACAAUCCUACGGCGUUCCACCCGAGUUUCUUUGUACGACUGAUGACAUUCUGCUACCUGGCUGCCUUCAAUUGGUGGCUCCUUCUGUGUCCCUGGACGCUGAGUCAUGAUUGGCAGAUGGGCUCUGUGCCUCUCAUCACCAGCAGCUGGGAUCCUCGGAACCUGCUUACUUGUGCUGCAUUGGGCACUCUUCUUCUACUCUGUUAUCGGUGCUUUACAGAUAUGGAGGUACAAAGGCACUGUCCAGUCUUCGUGGGUCUUCUUUUUCUGGUCAUACCUUUCUUGCCUGCCAGUAACUUGUUGGUCACCGUUGGAUUUGUCAUCGCAGAACGUGUUCUUUACAUACCAAGUGUUGGAAGUGUAAUAAUAACUGCGUACGGUGUCCAGCUGAUGUGGUAUUCAAAGCCGGGAUCAAAAGUGUUUCUGGUUGUCGGUCUGGUGGUACUGGCUGCUAGUGGGGUGGCCAGGACACACAGACGUAAUGCGGACUGGCGCGACAGGGCCACAUUAUUACGCGCGGACGUUGCAAACCUGCCACAGAAUGCCAAACUUCACUACAACUUGGCAAACUUUCUACGUGAAACAGAGCAGCCCGACUACGCCAUCAAGCAUUAUAAGGAGGCUUUGAGGUUGUGGCCAACAUACGCAAGCGCCCACAACAACAUUGGAACAUUGGUGUCGGGCACAGACAAUGCAGAGCACCAUUUUCUACAAGCGAUACGAUACAACAAACAACAUGUCAACGCUCAUUACAACUUGGGAAAGCUUUACAAGAAAACAGGUCGUAUGGAGCAAGCAAUAAGAAUGUUGGAACGGUGUAUCACGUUGCAACCUCGAUUUGUUCAAGCUCAUGUUGAACUGAUGUCGUUGAAACCAGAAACAGAAAAAUUGAGCAUUUUGAGAAGACUGGUAGAGUUAGAGCCUAAUAACUGGGAACAUUAUAUUUUGUAUGGAAAUUGGCUCAAGAAUAAAGGUCUACUAGGUCCAGCAUCCAAGUACUAUUUAGAAGCAACAAGAGUUAGUAUCCGUUCGAAGUCAUUACAACGCGCCGUGCGGGCUGACCUCAUCUCCUUAAGAUCAACUGCACUGGUGUAUCGAGCUUUAGGACAGAAGUCUAGAAUUUUACAGCUUUUGACACGAUGGCACACAUGGCGAAGAGGGUGGCCUAGUAGCGCUGCCGCCCAUAUGUAUUGGAGAGAUUGGAGGCUAAAGAUGGAACUGGAGGGGAGAGUUCAGAUCUAUUCCAAAGCUGUGAAUCCUACCAAAUCAAAAACUUGCUUUGACCACAAGCACCUGGUAGUUGAAGCGGUUAAAGAGGACAUCCCCCUUAAAACCAAGAACAAAGUUAAGAAACAAUUAAGUGAUUGUGAAAAUGUUAACUGUGCGUGCACUUCUUGUAAUAAGAAAAACCUAUAUCUAUCAACUCAAAUAAAGAAUACGCACAACAAAUCCGAAAUCGGACUAAAAGAUAAAAAAUGCAGACACAGAAAGGAAAAUAAAGACAGCGAUCUUAUGCCGAAAUUGGGUGCAUUGACUGAACAUAUUCUAAUGAAAACUUUUUAA